AUGACAUACGAUAUAAUCGAAUUUAAUAAAGUAAUACGUGUCUUGUAUGAUUAUGGCCUAGCUGAGCCAGAUAUGUCGCCAACAGAAUAUACAGAAUCGCGUGGGUAUAGCAUGCAUAGUUGUGUGCACGCCUGGACGAGACACGUGUUGAACGAGAUAGAGAGCAAUGAUUUGGCACAGCUCGCAAUAAUAUACGUAAGCUUAAAGAUACCAAAGAACACCGAACAGAAGUACUAUACACUACAACGGCGGCUUCUAGGGCAUGCAGCAUUUUGUUCAACAACGAUCUUGAACGGAACACCAGUUACUAAAGGAGAAGAGUGGACUUUAAAAGGACUAGGCGACCUGUUUAGAAACAUGGCCCUAUUUCAAGAGGCAGAGGCCAUGUACAAGCGCGCACUGCAGGGCGAAGAGAAGGCACUUGGGCCAGCACCAUGUAUAAGCGUGCACUGCAGGGCGGAGAGAAGGUACUUGGGUAAUCUCUAUCGAGAUCAGGGCCGGAUUCAAGAAGCAGAGACUUUGUAUCGGCGUGCGCUACAGGGAUAUGAAAAGGCAAUAGCAGAGAAUAUAACUCCUAGUAUUGGUUCUCUCGAGAAUAUGGAAGAUUUUGCAAAGUUUCAAGUUCAACAGGGCAAAACGCAUGAAGCAAGAUCUUUGUAUAUACGGUGCCAGGAAGGAUUGAAGGCUGUGCUUGGUAUUGAGCAUAGCCGGUAUAAGGCUAUGACUCGAGAAAUUGAGUUGUUGAGUGAAGAUGGUGGACGAUAG